CUCAGUCCACGCUGCACUCUCCAUGUUGAAAGGGAGCAACUUCUCCUUCGGUAGGCUCCAACCGUCCCCCAGUACCCAGCUGUCUCCCCCAGCGCCCUGGUAUGACACUGGACUGGGAAGGAAGCUGUGAGAUUAAACGGGCGCUGUCCUGAUCGACAAAGAGUGAGACAAGCUGCUCCAACAAAGGCUUCUGGAUGCAGGGUCCCCUGUGGUUUAGGUGAAAGAGGACAAGCAAGGUGUCAGGAUGAAGGAGGAGAAUUUGUUCCAUCGGAGGCUUUCUCUGUGCCCCAGCGCCACUUCCCCACCUAAAAUUGACCCCCGCACCCUGACCCGGAACCUCUCUUAUGGAGGAGACAAUGACCUCUACAACCUCAGUCCAGGCAAAGAGACAGACAGGAACGGUCUCUCCAUGCUGAGUAAUGAACUUAGUCCUGCCCAAUCACCAGGCAGCAAGUCUGAGUCCAGGAUGUUUAAUGGUGUCGAGAAGGACUGCCCCUCCCCCACAGAGAAGCUCGCCCGAAAGGAGUCUCUCAAGCUGCAAAAGCAGAAUUACAGACAGGAGAAGAAACGGGCAGCUAAAGAACUGUCCAGUGCGCUGAAGGAUCCCAGUGUUGUUAUGAUGUCUAACUGGCUGAAGAUCCGUGGCUCUUUAAAAAGUUGGACCAAGCUGUGGUGCGCUCUAAGGCCUGGAGUACUGUUGAUCUAUAAGACCCCCAAAACAGAUCACUGGGUGGGCACCAUUCUGCUUAGUGCCUGCAAGCUGAUUGAGAGACCCUCGAAGAAGGACGGGUUCUGCUUCAAGCUCUACCACCCACUAGAGAAAUCCAUCUGGGCUGUCAAGGGUCCCAAAGGGGAGAACGUUGGUUCCAUCACGCAGCCUUUACCCAGCAACUACCUGAUCUUCAGAGCUGCAUCAGAGUCUGAUGGCCGGUGCUGGAUGGAUGCCCUGGAGCUGGCUCUAAGCUGCUCCAGUCUCUACAAGCUGACAGCCAAAACUGGGAAAGAGGGAGAUAUCAGCAUGUCUUCAGAGUCCUCGCAUAUACUCCACCUGCUACAGUCUUCUCCACUCACUGACACAGAGCUGCUACAGUUGAAUGACGCAGCCCUGCUUGGCAAUCACCACAUGGAGCAUGACGGCUUCUCAGACAAAUCUGAGCGCGAGACUCAUGAUGAAUGGGACACUACAGUAAAUGAAAAUGGUGGAAGGCUGACAGAGGAGAGUGACAUGGAACAGUCAGACGAUUUAUCCCCCGGGCCACAAGCUACAGCCUAUGUGGAGCAGAGCACAGAGGAGAUGGCUGAGGCUGGAGAGGCAUCCCAGGUGGAGACUGUGUCAGAGGAAAACAAGGGUCUCAUCUGGAGCCUGCUGAAGCAGCUGCGGCCGGGCAUGGACCUGUCAAAGGUGGUGCUGCCGACCUUCAUCCUGGAGCCACGAUCCUUCUUGGACAAGCUAUCCGACUACUAUUACCACGCUGAUCUGCUCUCACAAGCUGCACUAGAGGAAAGUGCAUAUGGUCGAAUCAAGCAGGUCCUGAGAUGGUAUUUGUCUGGCUUCUACAAGAAGCCCAAGGGUCUGAAAAAACCUUACAACCCAAUCUUGGGGGAGACAUUUCGCUGCUGCUGGCUUCAUCCUCAAACUGACAGCUGCACUUUCUACAUAGCUGAGCAGGUGUCCCACCACCCGCCCAUCUCUGCCUUUUAUAUCUGCAAUAGAAAGGAUGGCUUUUCUAUCAGUGGAAGCAUCCUGGCCAAGUCCAAGUUCUAUGGUAAUUCUCUGUCAGCUGUUCUGGAGGGCAGAGCUAGACUACUGUUCCUGAGCAGGGAAGAGGAGUAUGUCAUCACCAUGCCCUACGCUCACUGCAAAGGUAUUUUGUAUGGCACUAUGACACUAGAGCUGGGAGGAAAAGUUUCCAUCAAGUGUGAGAAAACAAAAUGUUUUGCAGAGCUUGAGUUCAAACUGAAGCCUUUCCUCGGAGGUGCGGGCUCCGUAAACCAGAUAAGUGGGAAGAUCUUUGUGGGAGAGGAGGUGCUGGCCACCGUAGAUGGACACUGGGACAGCGAGGUGUUCAUUCAUGAGAAGCGCUCUGGUCAGCAGGAGACUUUGUGGAACCCAAGUACAGACAUCCGGAGCAGACGUCUCAAGAGACAAGUGGUCCAGUUAGACCAGCAGGGAGAGUUUGAGUCUGAAAGACUGUGGCAGCAUGUGACCAGGGCCAUCCUGGAUCGGGACCAACUGCAGGCCACCCAAGAGAAGUUUGUUCUAGAGGAGGCUCAGCGGAGAGAGGCCAAAGAGAGGGGAGACAAACCCUGGAUCCCAAGACUUUUCCAGCAGGACCCUGACACCUCUGACUGGACCUACAGGCACAUGGACUCUCAGCCGUGGGACCCUGAACACUGUCUCGUCCAGUUUGAGAAGGACAGUGUGAUUCAGACACACGAGAGAAGCCAGAGACAACAGAAUGGGCUUUCCUACAGUCACAGCUGGGCCAGUCAACACAAGGUGGGGGUGAAUGGGAAGCACAGGAAGGCCAGCAGCCAGCCGUCCAGCUGCAGCCAGAACACUGAAAGCAGCAGCACCACGCCAGAACCCACACACGAGUCCUCGGACAAUGAAGGCUUUUCAAACCAGUGUUCCCGUUGCUGUAAGGAGAUGAAGGACAUCACCCUGAUCGAGGCUUCUAUCACGUCCAUACAGAAGACACAGCAAGACAUUCAGAGGAACCUGGUGGCUCUGGGUCGUCAGCUGUCUCGUCAGAGGGCAACAGACGACAGCGUGUCGUUAACGGGUCGUCACUGUCUCAUCCUCUGCAUCCUGCUCCUCUCCCAGCUCCUCCUCAAUUACAUCUUCACCUGAGCCAGCUUCCCAGGCGGGGGGUUUCCCUCCAGCACUGAUCUGCCAGUUAAAGCCUCUAAAAAGCACAGACUUCAAUCAGCAGAGAGGAAAGGAGACCUCAGAUCAGUAUUUGGAGGGUGGCUUUGUCCCCUGGUGUUCUCUUUAAGGGGACGAGCAACGACUUUAUAGCAAUAAACACAGCCACAGCCACCGUCUGUUAGUCAUCUACAGAGAGGAAUAGCACCCCCUAGUGUAGCCAGACUGAAACAGCACCGGCACCCACGCACUUUGGACAGGAGAGGAGACAAACGGGCACGGCUGAAAAGAUGUACGAUGAAGAUGUAGAAUGAUUUUGCUAAGAGAAAUGACAGAGAGGAUGUUUCACCAUUCCCUAGUGUCUUUCUUUUUUAUAUCGCCCUGCAAUACUGUUCAUCUGUGAGUGUGCUUGUAUGUGUGUUGUUUGUAUUUACGGUAGGCCUUAUGGGCGCACGCAGAUCAUGACUUGGACUUCUCCUGCUCCCCUUCCACUCCUGAUUUUGGGCCUUAAUGCUGAAGCCAAAAAAAAAAUAAAAGAAAAAAAGAAGGAGAAAAAUACAAGAUAUACAAAUGAAGAGCUCUUCAAACAGUGCAAUUGUGUGUUUUGUAUCGAUAUAUGCUCAAAUACACUCUGUGUCGUCUUUUAAUGAUGAUCAUUUUACCAAAACAGUAUUUAUUAUCCGAAAGGACAAAGAGUACUUGUUUACAGGGAGCGCUGCAUGUGUUUGCCACACAUCGGAAGGAAUGAGGCAGGGCGGAGAGCCAAACAGAGUGUCUUUGUAUUUGUGUGCCUGUAGUGCUGUAAUUGAAGGGAUAAUAGAAUAGCAUUGCUUUGGUCCAGACCACGACACUAGUGUGUGCAAUCAGUCACAUUAAGAAGCAUGCAUAUGAAGGGACCGAGGGAAGGAGACGAAAACAUGAGCCCAAGGGAAGAGAUUUAUUUGUGCAUCUUGGUCUACACUUUGUUCAAGUGACUGUCUUAGCUGUAAACACUUAGUAAAAAAGUUUUUUCUGCAAAUCAAUUUGUAUAUAUUUGUCUUAACAAGAGAUUUCAGAAUGUAUUUAUUAUGCGAUUCACCUCAACCUUCCUGAUUGAAGUCAACACUGAGAACACAGGACUUUUGCUCUUUUAGGGUUUGUGUUGGUUCGUUGUGUGUGUGUGUGUGUCUGCGUCUGCGUGUGUGUUUCUGUGGAGCACAUGUAUGUGAAAAAGCCAUUUGAUUGUGCUAAAAACGACCAGAUCUGUCAUUGUGAUUUUACUGGUUUUUAGCCCCUGAAUUAAAGCCUGGUUGUCAGCACUGAUCCAGCCAACAGGAGAGAAUCGGAGAGCAGCACAAGGACAACAGAGCUAUGGUUUUGUUUUUUACACCUCAGUUUCUUUCUUCUUUUCAUUGUUAUCCUGUUUUCUACUUUACUGCCAUGUUGUGGGAAUUCUACAUGCCAGAUAUUUUUGUCAUUUGGAACAAAAGACAACAUGAUGCCUGAUGUUUUCAUUCAUACCUGUUGCAUACUGUAGCACUACAGUAAAACAUUUUAACCCUG